AAUUGGUAUAUAAUAAUGGAAACCCAAACAGCCAUAAUUCAAAGAAGUUUCAUUUCUCCCCAAAAACAGAAAAAAAUUGAAAGAAGUUUUGAGGAAAGAAGCAUCUUGAUUUUAUUGGGAAGAGAGAAAGAGAUUGGACUUUGCAUACCAUUCUGUCCGAAUAAGAGAAACGAAACUAUGGGGUUAGUAGAAAAGGAGGAAGUUUCUCGGAGAUGCAGUUCACAUAAUGGCAGCCAUUGUAUAGAUCUGAGUACAAGACAGAAAGGGAUGGGAGGAGAGAAUUCUUCAAUCACCAUUGUCUGUUUGAGGAAAAGGCUUCUUGCAGAAAGGGCAGCUUCUAAAGCUGCUAAAGAUGAUCUGAAACUCAUAGAAAAGAGGUUGAUCGAACUCGAAAAGCAGCUAAAGAUUGAGACCGAACUCAGAAACAAAGCCCAAUCAAAGCUGAAGCUGAUGAACAGGAAACUCAUCUCUGUAAAACUUUCAGUGAUCACUGGACAGGCUAUCCCAUCAAGAGACUCACAUCCUCAGAUAGACCCCAAAAGCCCUUCUGCACACUUAUGUGAAGGGAAGGAAAAUAAACCCAAUUCAAUUUCUGAUCAUCUCAGAUACUCGGAAACUUCAAUAGUGACCCCUAAUUCAGUAUCAGAGGAAGCCUCUUCUCAUGGAGAUUGUUCCAGCUCAGUGGGCAACAGUAGUACUGAUAAUUCUUAUGGCCAUCAAAUUCGUUCUCAAGAAGAAGAGAUGGUGGUUUCUCAAACCAGAGAGAGGGACUCUUCAAAUGAGGACUACUCUCAUGGCUCAAUACUCGAGCUCGAAUGCUUCGAUUUUAGAGAUGUUCUGCUUCCACUUCAGCAUGCGAAAGAGCAGUUAAGCAAAUCGUCCAACACGAAGGGCUGUAUUUCCAUGGCUUCUCAUCCUUUAGCAAGUGUACCCAAAGAAAGAAUUGGAAUGGAGGGACAAGCCAAUUUUCAAAUAAAAAGCUCCUGAGGAUCCACAAUUUUAAAGGGGUGUUUAUGCAAUAAGGGAUGUCUUGAAUGGACUCAAUUGUCUUGAUGGGCACCAGUAAGUAUGUUGAAUGGGUGCCAUGUUCAUCUCUUUUUCUUUUUUUGUUUUUUGCUUUUUUCAUUUUUAUACAAAGAACGUCAACUUGAAAGCUAGCGGAAAUAUAACUCUAUAGGUCAGAUCAUGGCACUCGCCUCCCUGACCACUUCAGCUUAAAGUCCAUUCUCUGAGUCUGCAUCCUGUACUUGAGAAACAUAUCAUGUAUAAAAUCACAUAAAAUGGACAAUAGAUGUUACGCA